AACGCGACCAAUGUUUGCUACCGUUAACUCAAGUGUCAGUACGCGCGGAGUAGAUUGUGGCCUCUGUGUAUUACCAGCUAGAAAGUUGGUUCUUCAUACCGACAAAAACGGCGACCAAACGUUACACCGUUUUAGCUCCAGAAAAUGGCUUCAAGAGGAAGCUUUCAAGGUAUUCCGAGUCCGAUGAACCCCAGUGUUAAUCCAAUGAACGCUGGCCAUGCAGGCGGUGGAAUGAGGAUACCAGGAAUCCAACCGAGUUUGGGUUUUCGAGCCAUGAACGCUGCUCCCCAGUACCACCAGCGCCCCGGUAUGCCACCCAACAGGGGGGUCCCGAUGGGGGCCAUGGGUUCAUUGGGAAGCCCUGGGCCCUCAUAUGGGGGUGGAAACAUGCCCUUACGCACAGGAAUGGGGCCUUCUGCCAUGGAUGCCUCCCGAAAGCGGUUUCUUCUUCAACAGCAGCAGCAGGGCGGAUUGGAAGGGCCAAGGCGUGGCAAAAGGCGGAAGAUGGCCGACAAGGUGCUUCCACAGAGGAUCCGAGACCUGGUCCCAGAGUCUCAGGCAUACAUGGACCUGCUGGCCUUUGAAAGAAAGCUGGACCAGACCAUUGCCCGCAAACGCAUGGAGAUCCAAGAAGCUAUCAAAAAGCCCAUCACGCAAAAGCGUAAGUUGAGGAUCUACAUAUCCAACACCUACACACCCGGCAAGCCAGAAGGUGAAGAUGCAGAAAAAAUGUCGUCCUGGGAACUAAGGGUUGAGGGGAAACUGCUUGAGGACCCUGGCAAACAGAAGAAGAAGUUUUCAUCUUUCUUCAAGAGUUUAGUCAUCGAGCUUGAUAAAGAGCUAUAUGGGCCUGAUAACCACUUGGUGGAGUGGCACAGGAUGCCCACCACUCAGGAGACAGACGGCUUCCAGGUGAAGAGGCCAGGGGACGUGAAUGUAAAAUGCACCCUUCUCCUAAUGCUGGACCACCAGCCCCCUCAGUAUAAGCUGGACCCCAGGCUGGCGCGGCUGCUAGGCGUGCACACCCAGACAAGGGCCAGCAUCAUGCAGGCCCUGUGGCUCUACAUAAAGAACAACAAGCUUCAGGAUAGCCACGAGAAGGAGUACAUCAACUGCAACCGCUACUUCAGACAGAUUUUUGGCUGCACACGUAUGAGGUUCCCAGAGAUUCCAAUGAAGCUGGCUGCCCUGCUGCAACACCCAGACCCUAUCAUCAUCAAUCACAUGAUCAGCGUGGACCCUAAUGACCAGAAGAAGACUGCAUGCUAUGACAUUGACGUGGAGGUGGAUGACCCACUGAAAGGCCAGAUGAAUAGUUUCCUGUCCUCAACAACCAAUCAGCAGGAGAUUGCCGCCCUGGAGAUGAAGAUCCACGAGACCAUCGAGUCCAUCAACCAGCUGAAGACUCAAAGAGACUUCAUGUUGAGCUUCAGCAACAACCCUCAGGACUUCAUCAAAGACUGGCUGAAGUCCCAAAGUCGAGACCUCAAGUUAAUGACUGAUGUGGCCGGAAACCCGGAAGAGGAGAGACGGACUGAGUUCUACCAGGCCCCAUGGGUGCCAGAAGCUGUGGGUCGAUACGUCUACUCUAAGGUAGGCAUCAAGGUGCAGCAGCGGAGACAGGAGUUGGAGCAGGUGCUGGGAAUACGACUCACCUGAGGGUCAAUCGAACAUAGCAACUCAAUAUAUUAACUGCCGCGAGGUGCGCUUAAAAUGAUCUUAAAACUCCAGUUUUACACUUACUCUUAUCCAAAACACAACUACAGAACUGGAAUCCGCUUGCACCAAUCCGCUCUGCCUUUUUUUACCACUUUGUAACAGUUCAUGAUACAGUAUAUUGUUUCAUAAAUGUUGCAGCCAAUGUGGUCUUUGUAUAAUUGGUGCUGUUUUGGUAAUAAGGUUUAAGAGUACUUUGCUAGCAUCUGGUAAUAGCAUUUUUGUAGUAAUGCACCAUUUUUACACAUUCUCUUGAAGAGCAAAGGAAAUGCAAUACUGACACAAACCAUAAUUAAAUUUAGCAAAAAUGCAUCUACAGUGUAAAUGUGUUAUAUGAAAAGGUAAUUGUUAAGCACAGUCAUUGUACAAAGCAUGUUUAGUUUUUCACUUUUCAAUCCUUGUUUUUUGGAGAUUUUCUAAUGAGAUUUUCUAUCUCUGCCUCUCUUAAAAACAAGAUGGCAGAAGCAUCCUUCAGACUUACAUUUGUUUAUGUAUUGAGCAUAGGUACUGGCAGGUUAUUUGACUCAAGUUGUGUGCCACUUUGAAAAGGUAUCUACAUUACUUUUUAUAAGCCAUAAAGUUGAUUGUUAUGGAUGAGUAGCUGAACUAUAGUUACAUUUGCCUAUAAUGUCUUAAGCAUUGAUACUGUCAAGUUGUUUUGACAAGUUGUUUGCCACCUUGAAAAGGUUUCUACCUUAUUUCUUAAAAGCCAUAUAGAUUAUUGUUAUGGGGAGUAGCUAAACUAUAGUUACCUUUUUUUGGGAAGCUUGUUAACAUUUCUAACUCAGAAAUUCUGAAUUAUAUUCAAGAACUCACAUUUGGCCAGGACACUCAGGAAAUUCUAGUGCUGGUAAUUUGUUAGUGGCUGCAUUUGCAAGGAAAGGAGCCCAAUUUGUUCAUCUGUUGUAUUUCAGUUUAUUUCAAUUUGUUUUUUUCUUUAAAUGUUUACAUGCUGUUUUUAUGGCUUGCUAGGGAGGAACGUUUGGCAGUUUGAGUGUGUGCAAGUGGUUCUCCCUAAAAGGAAUUUCAUUUAGUAUAUCUGAAACUUGGAAUUAAUAGGAAUCCAAACCUAUAGUAUUUUUUUUACAAUGCAAAUCAAUGUUGUUCCACAUUGUGUAUAUAUUUUUUUUUCUUCAUGUAAACUUCAAUCUAGCUUGGAUUUUGUUAUAUGCAG